AGGAAAUGGGAGCUUCAUGCAGACUUGGUCCACUCCAGCCUGCGUCAUAUAUACGACGAGGGAAAGUGCAUCGUGCAAUUCUUGUCCGACGCAGAAAUGAAGGGAUGAUCCCCCCACAGCCUCUCCCCGAGCUUCACUCUGACCAUCAAGCGUUGCCACGGCCCAAAUGGGCAAUUGUCAAUUCACAACAUACGCAAUCAUCACGUACGAGCAACCCAAAGUCUACGCGGUCCUUCGGUAUAGAAAUGGCGAGUUCGAAGCAAGACAUGCAAUCAUGACUGCGCUCGACGGCAUUCCUGCCACAAUGGUGAGAAGGCAAGGCUUGUCCCUGAUACAGCCUGAUGGUCGUCGCUCUCAGGCUGAUGGUGCAGGAUUCAUCGACUGCGCGGUGGUGUAUACCCAAACAGCUUACUACACUGAGCCGGAUGCACCGUCUUCAAAAAAGUUGAACCGUCUUCCCAUCAACAUGUUUAAUCCUGCUCUCAUGCUUGUCGCUCAAGGUCCUUCUGGCUGGGAUACACUGCACCCCGCUCCGGCUCUUGAUAUGCAGCUCGUGUUGCACCGCCUAGCUAACAAUGCUACUGUCAGCCUCUUAUCCAUGAUACGAGCAUGCACGGCAUGAGCUUCCGCCCCUAAUCGUGCCGGCGGAGCCAGACCUCGCGAGGACAAUGGUGCAAGGAAGCUUCCACGUUGGGCAAUGACAU